AUGGCUGUUGCUGGUGACCAAAGAAACAUUUCACUUGGCGAAAUCACUUGUGGGUCCCUGCUGCAGCAACUGCAGGUAUCCCAUUUUGCUUCAGCUUUUCUCCUCAUUGUUGAAAUUUGUAGAGAAGAGUGGAAGACGAUGUUUUUUUUUUUUUUUCUCUCAGGAAAUAUGGAACGAGGUGGGGGAAAGUGAUGAACAGCGCGACAGGUUGCUGCUUAAAUUGGAUCAGGAUUGCUUGGGCGUCUACCAGAGGAACGUAGAUCAGGCUUCAAAGUCGAGGGCAGAUCUCCUGCAGUCUCUGGCGGAUUCCAAUAUCGAGCUUGGCAAUCUUAUUUCUGCUCUAGGAGAGAGUGGGGAUGUUGGAAAGGUUAGUCAGAUCUCAUAAUGUUGAUUACACUAGUUGGAUCCAGGCAUGUAAAUCUUGCCCAAUGAUUUUUUCAUCAUAUUUUUUAAAAAAUAUAUUAAUUUAAUUUUUUCGUGACUGUUACUGGCAUCUGGUGUGUGGUGAAGGGCAGUAUAUAGCUUCCGUGACAUUUUUGUGAGUCUCUCUUGUCUUCUGCAGCCUCAGAACUCUUGCGGCACAAUAAAGGAACAGCUUGCAGCUAUAUCUCCAGCAUUGGGACACCUGAGGAAACUGAAAGAAGAAAGGAUGAAGGAAUUUACUGAUGUUCAGUCUCAGAUUCAGACAAUAUGUAGAGAGAUUGUUGGAAUCUCAAAGGAGGAUGAGCAGGAGGAUACACUGAUGAUUGAUGAGCACGACCUAUCUCUAAAGAAGUUGAGUAAGUUUCAUACUCAACUCCAAGAACUACAGAGAGAAAAGGUAUUUCCUCCUCACUUCUGGACCCAUUAAACCGUUCAUCUUUUUUCUUUUUCUUUUUUGAAAGUUGUGCGAUAUUUUCUAAGGUUAUGUAUUUUCCAUGUUGCCAGAGUGAUAGGCUGCACAAGGUUCUCGACUUUGUCUGUACAAUUCAUGACCUUUCUGCCAUCUUGGGGAUGGAUUUCGUCAGCACCAUUACUGAAGUCCACCCCAGCUUAAAUGACUCUGUGGGAAUGGAAUCAAAGAGCAUUAGCAACGAAACUUUAUCCAAGCUUGCCAGGACAGUUCUUGCUCUGAGAGAGGAUAAGAAGCUGAGGCUGCAGAAGGUUAUUGUCGUCCAUUUUUGUUUUCAUUCUAAAAUUUUUUUUGUCAAAAGGGCAUUUCUCCUCCAUUUAUUUUUUUCCCCUCUAUUUUUAUUUAAUUAUAUCUAGUAAUAGUCGCACAGGCAGUGCGAUGAUGGACUUGAUUGGCAGUAUGAUUUCAUUAAAAAAUAUGGUUUUUCCCAUUCUUGGAAGCGUAUUGAAUUCAAGUAAAAUUAUUUAAUAUGUUGGCUGCUAAAACACUUUCAUGGCUUAUGAGAGUAUGUGCUCUGUCCUUCAAUUGAGGGUAUACCUCGUUACGCCCUAAUCAUUAUGUAUGUGGUUCAAGUCCCACUUGGUCAACAGAUCGAUAUCAGAGCUCUUUUUCACUUUUUGUUCUUUUUGAUGAAUACCUUCUCCUCCUCCUCGUUGACCAUCUCAGGAUGUCGCCAAGUCCAGAGCUUUUUGAUUGGGCUCAUACACUUCAUAGACAAUUUCUUCCCAGUUUUGUAGACAUACUCUUUGAAGCAUUUUCCUCAAUGUGGGUGAGAUUUUUUUUUUACUAAAUACGAAAGGAAAUAUGUGUUUCUAUGUUUGGUUGCUUCCUUGGGUCUAGUUAAGUUGCCUUUUGGGGUGGUGAUCAUCUUCGUUGUGAAACAGCUUUAUCUACCUCCAAAAAUUAUCAUCCUUCCUUGUCUUCUUCCUCGUCGAAUAGAUCGCUAUAUGUCAUAUAUCCCAUUUUCUUCAUGGGAUGUUAUUCUGUCAAUGAGGUUCAGAGUGCUGCCUUGAACAGCUCCUUUUUUUUUAAAAAAAAAAAUAAAUUAUGGGGAGGGUAUCCGUCUGUGCAUGUCCUGUAAAUAAGUGUGGUGUUCUAAGUAGAACAAUUCCAAGUAUGAAGGAUAUCUGCUAGGAUCGAGCUUCAUCAACACUCGACCAUGCAAGAAAUAAAUCAUAUCGUACACAAUGUGCCUGAUGCAUCAUAUAUGAUACUAAAAAAAAAAAAUCAUUUUUUUUGUUUUAUCCAGCACCCAUAGAAUCCGGCAGUUGACUACUUCUGGUCUGGAAACCAUUUCAGCUUCAAGAGUCAGCUGCACAGCUGACUGAGCUUUGGAACCUCAUGGAUACUCCCAUGGAGGAGCGGAGACUGUUUGAUCACGUUACCUGUAACAUCUCAGCGAGUGUUGACGAGGUCACAGUUCCUGGAGCUCUAGCUCUUGAUCUGCUGGAGCAGGUGAGAAAAUUGUUUUAUUUUAGCAGGGGUUUUCUAUAAAUAACAAAGUUCCUUGUUCGGAUCCGAUUUCCCUUUUAUCUCAAAGGCUGAGGCUGAAGUGGAGAGGCUAGAUCAGUUGAAGUCCAGCAAGAUGAAGGAGAUUGCCGCGAAGAAACAAGCCGAGCUUGAAGAGAUAUACACUCGGGCCCACAUAGAAAUUGACUCGGUCGCUGCCCGAGAAAAAAUAAUGGCCAUCAUUGACUCGGGCAACAUCGAGCCUUAUGAAUUGAUAGCCGACAUGGAUAAUCAGAUCUUAAAAGCCAGAGAGGAAGCCCUGAGCAGGAAAGAAAUACUGGAAAGGGUUGACAAAUGGAUGUCAACGUGUGAGGAAGAGAGCUGGCUUGAAGACUACAAUCGGGUUAGUGUGCUUUCAUUUUCUGAAAGUUAUCAAUUCAAAAAAAUCCGAUAAAGACAUAUUAUUGCUCAAACGCAACUGAUAAUAAAUGGUAAGCAAAGUACUGAUCAUCAAGUAGACUAAUUAAAUCAUGAUUUUAAUAUGUAAAUCAUAACUUUUGUGAUAUGAAAUAUUUAUGAUCAUUUUCUGAAUAAUAUUCAAUAUUCUAAGAAUCAUGAGUAGGUAAGUAGGGUUUCAUUUAUUAAAAUUUUUUAUGGGAAUUAUUUGAUGGAGAAUCUAGGCACUGGUUCAGGCUGAUUUCCAUAUUUGGUUAUCACGUUCUGUUUCAAUUCAGAGGCUGAAGGCUCUGUACUUCAUUGGAGAGGGGACGGGAUUACUGGGUUUUUUUCUUUUUCUUCCUGUUGUUUUGACUUUUUGUGCGUUUCGUUGACCAGGAUGAGAACAGAUACAGCGCAGGCAGAGGUGCUCACUUGAACCUCAAGCGUGCGGAAAAAGCUCGUGUGCUUGUGAACAAGAUUCCAGGUAGAGUAGAGAUCAUCUGCCGUAUAGAUUCUAAUAAUGCUGCUUUCGGGUUGCUGCCGAGGGGUGUGGCCGGGCAUACUUUUUUCUCUGAAGUUGACUUUGGGACUUUGACAAGUCUCUUGGGCCCUUCCUUUGAGCCACUGGUUGACUAGUAUUAAGCAGAUGAGCUCAAUUUUCUAUGCAAUUUUCCAAACAUUCUCUAGGAUUGAUUAUGAGGCUCGAUCCUAGCUAAAAAAAGGAAAAACAACAGGUUUUGACUUGUCUCUGGGUCUUUAUUUUUUGCCACUAGGUUGACUAUGGUCGAUUGCUUGAGCUCUAUUUUCCAUGCAAUUUGCCCAGCAUUCUCUAGGUUUGACUUUGAGACUCGAGCCUGGCAAAAAAAAGGAUGUUUUUUUCUUUACUGGUCUGUGGGUCUUUCUUUUGAGCCACCCGGUUGACUGGGUCAACGGCUUGAGCUCUAUUUUCCAUGGAAUUUGUCAAACAUGCUCCUGCUAGAUUCUUCCUUUCUAUUUGGGGUUAACUGCAACUCUAAUUGGAUUCUUCCUUUUGGGCACCUGCAGCCCUCGUUGAGGCUCUGGUCGCCAAGACGCGAGCUUGGGAGGAAGACCACGGUUUGACCUUCGUCUACGACGGCGCCCCCCUUCUGGCAAUGCUGGACGAGUAUGUCAUGCUCAGACAGGAGAGAGAAGAGGAGAAGCGGAGGAUGAGGGUAACUACUCGUCGACUUCCCUCUGGUCGCCACUGUCCUCGUUGACUUUUUUGGCAUUUGCAGGAUCAGAAGAAGUUCAACGAGCAGCUGAACGCCGAGCAAGAGGCCCUGUUUGGCUCCCGGCCGAGCCCCAGCCGGCCGCUGGGGGCUAAGAAGGCGGUGGCGGCGCGGGUCAACGGGAAUGGGACCCCCGGCCGGAGGGCCUCUUCCGCCGCCCACGGCGCCGGGAGCAACGGCGGCGGCGCCCGGUCCGCCACCAGGGACGGGAAGAGGGAUGGCUCUCGGCUCUCAGCUCCGGCGAACUACGUGGCCGUCGCAAAGGAGGACGCCGCCGCCUCCUACAUCUCCGGGGACAAGCCCCUACCCGUGACCCCUUGA